AUGAUGAAAUCGUUUCUUCCAUUGUUGUUGGCGGUCCUUUUGGGAACAGCAUUUGGCUACCAGCAAUUUUUUGCCGCAGAAAAUGCUGAGCUCGAAGGGGACAAGGCUAUCUUUCAAUCCCAGGAGGGAGACCUAGAGUACGAUUCCAUGGAAGAGGACUAUGGUCAAAUCCAACCAGAAUCGAAACUGUCGAAACGGCAACGUCGGCUUUCUAUUGAAAGGCGUCGUCGGGCCAAAAAGGAUUCGGAAUCCAAGGGCUCCAAAUCGUCGAAGGGUUCGGCCAAGGAAUCCGAGGGAUGCCCGCCAGGUUUCACCGCCGCUAGACGUCGGACCAAAAAGGAUUCUAGUGUCAAGUCAUCCAAGGGUGGAGGUUGUGUAGCAGUUGCUUCCGCUCCUGUAGUCCAGCCUGUUGGCAUCGCCCCCCUUGCCCCAGUUGCUGCGCCUGUGGCUGCACCCGUCACUGUGCCAUUCACCGUUCCAAUCACAGCACCAGCAUCUCCACCAAUUGCAUCACCAGUCGCUGUAACUAUUUCUUUUUCGUCUGUGAAAGGGUCUGGCAGUGGAGGAGGAUCCAAAGGUUCCUCCAAAGGUUCCUCCAAAGGUUCCUCCAAAGGUUCCUCCAAGGGAGCUCCUGUCCCAGUUACUGCGCCAACGGCAGUAACGUCGUCGGCCCCAGUCUCUAUUGCUUCAAGCCCGGCAGCUUCAAGCUCCGCUCCCAUCGCUUCUUUUGGAACUCCUUCCGCUUCUGGUUCCUUGGCUCCUAUUGCUUCUUCUGGAUCAAUUUACGUGGAAGCGACAGCAGAAGACUGUCAGGCAAUUUCAAGUGGAGGGCUCGUUCAAGGCCAAAACGGCAUGGAUAGUUCAACCUUUACUUUUUCCUUCGACCUACAGUUGAAUAAUGGUGUGAGCAACAUGGCAACUGUCAUCGCGACAGCAAAAGGCGCACUUCAAGCUUUGGUUGCUCAAGGCAUCGUGAAUUGUGGUUCUUCCUCCAAAGGAAGUAAAGGAUCCAGACGAAGGCUACUAAAGAGAGGCAGAGUUCAUCACAAGCACCGACACCAUAGGCACCACAGACACCACAAGCAUGAACGAAGAUUGGCAUUGGACCCCCUGGUUAUUGGCAAUUUACUAUUUGAUGUUCAAAAUUGUGUCGAAACAACGGACAAUUGUCCAGUCGACGCAACUUGCUUGACUUGUACCGCUACAGCCACUGUAUUUGUCAAGGGACCCGCCUCCGAUGAAGACCUUGAGGCUGAGAUUACAGGCUUCCUUCAGAGCCCCACCUUCCUCUCGGAUUCCGGAUUGGAUCAAAUCGCCUCUUCAUUUAGUGCUACCGAAGCACAUCAUCUAGAUUUGGAAGAUGUUGUUACCUUGCAAUCCGAUGCUGGAAGCAGAGGUGAUCCUCAUUUUACAUCGUGGAAGGGUGAACACUUUGAGUUCCACGGACAGUGUGACUUGGUCUUGGCUAAAGAUGCUGAGUUCGCGGGUGGGAUUGGAUUGGAUGUUCAGAUUCGUACGAAACUUGUGCGGUACUGGAGUUACAUCAAAACCGCGGCUGUUCGAAUCGGCGACGAUAUUCUUGAAGUGGAGGGGUCUACCGAUGUUGAAACUGAUUUGGCCAACUAUUGGAUCAACUUUGAUCACCAAGCAAAGUCUAAGACCAUUGGAGGUUUCCCUUUAGCCAUUUACGAUGACAACGCACGCCCUUUCCCCAAGCGCAGAUUUGAGAUCGACUUCGACUCGAAGUUCCCUGGCCAGAAGCUUGUGAUUGCAACCUACAAGGAGUUCGUCAAGGUUGACUUCAUUCAAGCUUCUGCAGAAGCGGUGGGAAAUACGAUGGGGAUGCUGGGUGACUUCAGAAGUGGGAUGACGUAUGCCCGUGACCAGUCCACUGUCAUUCAUGACUUUAAUGAAUUGGGUCUCGAAUGGCAAGUGCGCCCAGAUGACGACAUGAUGUUGUUCCAUGAUAUCUCCUAUCCACAGUUCCCCAAGCCUUGUCUACUUCCUGAAGACCCACGCGGAGAGCGUCGCCGUCGAAUGGACGAGAGUGCAAUUGCUGAGGAAGAGGCAGAAAAGGCUUGUGCCACUUUGAAGGAUCCAUUGAGUAUCAAGGAUUGCGUGUACGACAUCUUGGCGACUCAGGAUUUGGAUAUGGUGGGGGCCUACUAA